UUGAUUUGAAGUAAAAAAGCGACAAAGAAAUGAGUCAAUCUUCUGAUAUGCAAGAAAUUCACCUUUUAAACCUAACGGAUGAAAUAUUUCUCAACAUCUUUAGUUAUGUCAAUAUUUCAUCGCGUAAAAAAGUUUCUCGGGUUUGCAGAAGAUUUUAUGAAUUAAUGUGCAUCGUGGAACGAGACUGUCAUCCAUUAGAACUUUCGUAUUCGCAGAUUUGUGACGAGGAAAUUCGCAGUUCAAUUGUCAAGUCUUCUCGUGAGUUUGAAGAUUUAAUAAUCUAUCCUGGCGACUAUCCUGACGAAUUAAACAGAAAACAUAAAAUUGAAAUGAAAUAUAUUCAAGAUGUGGUGUCAAAAUUCGGAAGACGAAUAAAAAAGUUUAAUUUGCGGCAGUUUCAGUUAUCAGAGUCGGAGUUAAGAAGAAUAUUUUAUUGCAUUCCUAACGUUGAAACUCUGACAUUGGAGUUUCUUGAAGUGAAUAUAGAACCGGAUGAAAAUAUUUCUGAGCUAAACCUAUGCAAACUGAAGAAGCUUACGAUUAUACAUAGCUCCAACUGCUUGAAUAUCCUCAACAGGUUACCAAAAGAUACAAUAAAGGAAGCAAGUUUCUUUAGUUAUGAAGAUAUAUGUUGUCAACAGUUUUUCAAUCAACAAGCAAACAUUAAGAUUCUUGAUUUGUCUGAAAAUAACCAAGUUAAGUACGAUCAUCUCAAACUUGAACAUCUGAAACUUAAUUCGGAAUUUAUAAAUCUUCUUUUGAUUUUGCGGCAGCAGCCGAGACUUCGUUACAUCGAUUGUGCAGAUAAUUUAAUUGAUGUUGAAAUUUUUAAGGCAAUUUGUGAAUUGAGAAAUCUCGAAGUAGCAAAAAUGUGCGUCGAUCUUGGUUUGCCUUGUCGUGUCUUUGAAUCUCUGAAAAACCUCGCACAUUUAAAGGAACUUCAGCUAAAGUCUGAAAAAAUUCAUGAGUGUAAUCAUCUCCACGAGUUGAGCAGAAUGCAUUUAAAGAUUGAAAAGUUAACACUUUUAUACAGUAAGGAAAAAAUUCCACCAGAAUUCUUCAUUCAAUUGAGCCAAAACUUCCGGAAGCUCAACCAAAUUACAAUUGUCAAUCGCUCGUUCAAUACUAUCAACACAAUUUUGGAAUACUUGCCCAAUUUGGAGUCGAUUGUUUUCAAUUGUGAGUCCUUGUCACCAGAAGAAGAUAUUUUAGUCGUCAAUGAAAAUCUAAGACAUGAGAAGCUUAAAGAUUUCGUUGUGACCAGCUUAGUGAGUAAUAUCUAUAAGGAAAGUAACACAAGAUCACUUGUCACACUUCUAAAUGCUUGUCCAAAUCUCGAGCGAAUUAGUUUAUCAAAGCUACAUGACGCACACGAUCAAAUUCUGCAACAAAUUAUCGGCAACCAUUCCAAGUUAACUCAUUUGAGUCUUGAUUGCAAUUUUUGUGAAAUUUAUGAUGAAAAUGAUGCAAAACUGCAUAUUAUCUCAUCUGCCGCAAACCGACUCAAAUACAUUAGACUAAGAAGACUCAACGGUUGCUACGACUACGAAUAUGAAGGUUGGUCUGACUCCGAAUAUGAAUCAUCUCUAGAAGACCUAUUUGAGGAUGAAUUUAACUAUAUUCGCUAUAACGAUGAUGAUGAUUACGACCACAGUGAAAUCAUCAUGAAGAAACGAAAUGCUUCCGAUUGGUAUCAGGAUUUAAAAGAAAGAAUUGAAAAUUUAUAA